AUGGUUGAAGCCAAUUUUUUAAAAUAUUUUUAUUAUCAAGCAUGUUGUAAUCGAUCAAAUUCUUGGAUUAAUCUUGGAUCCGCCAUUAGAUUAGCUCAAGCGUUAGGUAUGCAUCGGAAAAUCAUUAAUGAUAAAAUUGAAAAUCAAGAAAUAUCAAUUCAUCGACGUCGAUUAUGGAGAUCAUUAUAUGUUUGUGAUUGUGUUAGUAGUGUGAAUUUGGGUCGUCCAUUAAUGAUCAAUACUUAUGAUUAUGAUGAUAUAAAUUAUCCUGUGGAAAAAUUAUUACUUGAUGAAAAUGAUAAUGUCGAAAGAAUUCGAAUUAUUGCUCAAAAUGCCACUAGUGAUUCUGCAGUUUUGAAUCGAAGUAUUGUACAAAAUUUAUAUAAUGGAGGUUCAAUUAAUAUUAAAGAUUCAAAUUCUUUAGCGUUACAAUUAAAAUUAUGGAGUAUUGAAUUACCAAAUUUUUUACAAUUGACUAGUGAUAUGGAAAAUCAAUUACGUGAUCCAACAAAUCCUAACAACUACUUGUUUGUUUUCGUUCAUAUUGGUCAAUUAUAUGGAAUUAUGGCUUUAACGAGACCAUUUUUAGUUCAUGUGGUGAAUCGAAAAUUACGUCCUAAUAUGUAUAAACCUCAAGUCACCGAUGAAAAACAAUUGAUGCCAUUUUGUAAAGCUUCUAUUAAAGCAGCUUUUUUAACAAUUAAAUUAUUUAAAUUUUAUUGUACAUUUAAUAAAUCAAGGAAAGAAGUAUUUACAAUUCAAAGUGCUACUUUUUUUGCUCUGAUUCUAUUAGGGUUCACAUUAUUAGAACAGAUUAAUUCGAAAAAACCCGAUCAUCAUUAUAUUUCCGUGAUUAAAGAAUCUAUUAGAGAUGCAAUUUCUAUAUUCAAAUUAUUUAAUUUUAAUGCUACUUGUAAUCGAUGGGCUCAACAUUUGAUUUAUAUGAUGGAAGCAUUGAAUAGGCCGCCAGCAAUCAUACCUUCUUCUUUACAACAAACAACAAAAACAUCCACUACUACUACUACUCCUGUAUUAUCAACUCAUCCAAUUACCAGUACCAACCUAAAUUAUCAACAACAACAACAACAAGUACCGCCACCACCACCACCACCACCAGGAAGUGGUAACGUUAAAUUUCCAUUUCAAAACAAAAACAAUAGUAGUCCUUCAGCAUCAUCGAUUAGUUCAGAAAUUGAUCGAUUUAAUGAUGAAUUGAUUCGAUGGAAUAAUGAUAAUACGGCAUUUGAACAAAUGGUUAAUUUUCAACAAUAUUUUGUACCUAAUGAUAUUGAUGUUUUAAAUAAUAAUUAUUUGGAUGCAUUUAAUUAUACUAAUACUUAUAAAUAUAAUAUGUAA